GUUCUUGUUGCAAAUCCAUCGUAAAAUAAUAUCAUAAUAUUGCAAAACGCCUGCGCAAAUUUUCAUCAACGAUCAGCUGGUUAAAGUGUGCAAGUAUUUCUACAUAGAAAAAAAAAGUGAAUCUAAUAAAUUAUCAAGUCGCAUGCUAUUCGAUUAUUUUAACAACAACCCUCAACAAUUUUCAAGUUAUUUAUUAAAUACCAAGUUACAAAAAAAAAUUAAAUCAAAAGUGCAUCAAAAAAAAUUAAUAAACCCAAGUGAAUAUUUGACUGAAUGUAAAAUUUCUGAUUAAACUACAAUGAAACGUAAAGUUAUAAAAAAAAAUUAUCGUUAUUUUAUAAAAAAACAAUGUCAUUUUGCCGUAUCACAUAAAGAUCCAACUGAUAAAAAAACAAAAAAGUUGAUAAAAAAAAUCUGAUUUGAAUAAUGAUCAAGUAAAAUCCAUUAUAAUUUUUUUGUUGGAUAACGACAGUAGCACCCCUUCCUAAAAAAAAUGGCAUACCCCGGUAAAUAUAUAAUUUUUUUAAUAUUAUUAUUAAUGUCAUUGUAUAAUGUUACAUUAUCAAGAUCAUAUGAAAAACGUAAAAUAAUAAAUGACAAUGGUAUUGGUGAUAAUCAAGAUUUAUCAAUGCAUGGACCAAGUGUUGAUGAACAAGCACUACCAAAUGAUUUACGUGUUCCAUAUCCUGGUAAAAAAUUUGGACCAAUGGGUCCAAUUGAUCGUACAUUUCCUGAUGAUACAUUACGUAGUCUUGAAAAUAAUAAAAAUAUUGAUAAUCAAAAUUUAGAUAAACAAUCUGACAGUGAUAAACCACUUCGUCAAUAUCAAGUAUUUCAUGUUGAAUUUCAUCGAGUUGAGACACCAUUUGUCAUUGGAAUUUGGAUUUUCUUUGCAAGUAUUGCUAAAAUUGGUUUUCAUAUGGCACCAAAAUUGAGUAAAAUGUUUCCUGAAUCAUGUCUUUUAAUUGUCGUUGGUGUUGUUAUUGGUGUUCUAUUAUUUCAUGCAAAUGCUGUGCAUGUAUCACCAUUAACACCAGAUACAUUUUUUCUUUAUAUGUUACCACCAAUAAUACUUGAUGCUGGUUAUUUUAUGCCAAAUCGUUUAUUUUUUGAUCAUCUUGGAACAAUUUUAUUAUUUGCUGUAUUAGGAACAAUAUUUAAUACACUAUCAAUUGGUGCAUCAUUGUGGGUAUUGGGAAAAGUUGGUCUAUUUGGUUGUACAACACCACUGCUAGAUAUGUUUUUAUUUUCUGCUUUGAUAAGUGCUGUUGAUCCAGUUGCUGUUCUAGCUGUAUUUGAAGAAAUUCAUGUCAACGAAAUUCUUUAUAUUGUUGUUUUUGGUGAAAGUUUACUCAAUGAUGCUGUCACUGUUGUAUUGUAUCAUAUGUUUGAGACAUACAGUGAAAUGGGUGUAUCAAGAGUAACUUAUACUGAAAUAUUAUCUGGUUUAGCAUCAUUUAUUGUUGUUGCUAUUGGUGGUACAGUCAUUGGAAUUUUAUGGGGUUUAGCAACUGGUUUUGUUACACGUUUUACAUAUCAAGUUCGUGUAAUUGAACCAAUAUUUAUUUUUAUCAUGGCUUAUUUAUCAUAUUUAAAUGCUGAAUUAUUUCACAUGUCAGGAAUACUUGCAAUUACAUUUUGUGGUAUUACUAUGAAAAAUUAUGUUGAAGCAAACAUAUCACAUAAAUCUCAUACAACAGUUAAAUAUACAAUGAAAAUGUUGUCAAGCAGUUCUGAAACAAUAAUAUUUAUGUUUUUGGGAGUUGCUACUGUUAAUAAUGAUCAUGUAUGGAACACAUGGUUUGUUGUUAUGACAAUUAUAUUUUGUUCUGUCUACAGAAUACUUGGAGUAAUGGUACUAACAGCAGUUGCAAAUAGAUUUCGUUUGCAUAGACUUGAUAAAGUUGAAAAAUUUGUAAUGUCAUACGGUGGACUUAGAGGAGCCGUGGCAUUCGCCUUGGUUUUACUGAUCGAUAAGAAACACGUGCCCUUGCAACCAAUGUUUGUCACAACAACCAUUGCUGUUAUUUACUUUACAGUCUUCAUUCAGGGAAUAACAAUAAAACCAUUAGUAAAAAUUCUCAAUGUUAAAAGAGCUGAACGACGAAAACCAACGAUGAAUGAAAGAAUUCACGAAAGAAUAAUGGAUCAUAUCAUGGCUGGAGUUGAAGACAUUUUGGGCAAGCAUGGAAAUUAUCAUCUCAGAGACAAAUUUAAACGUUUCGAUACAAAAUUUAUACGUCCUUAUCUUGUGAGAAAUCAUUGUGGAGCAGAGCCAAAAAUAUUAGAAACUUAUUCAAAACUUGCAAUGAAAGAUGCCAUAGAUUAUAUAAGACGUAAUGCAUCAACAAUUGGUAAUAUAAGUGGAACAGAAAGUAUGUCAGCUAUAUUUAGAAAUUACAGUAAUACAGGAAAUUUUAAUUCAAGUUCAAGUUGCAGUCAGCUUGAAUCUGGUUGGAAUAUUGAUCUUCAAGAACUUGAAUAUUAUCCAUCGAAAAAAGAUCUUACUGAAGCUAAAAUUCAUCAUCUUGUUGCUGAAGAACUUUGUAAACCAUACAAGAGGGUAAAACAUCGACGUCUCAGUUAUAGUCGUCAUGCAGUUGAUGAUCGAGAUUUAUCAACUCAAGUUAAUUAUAAAAUGCACAUGAAUAUUCGUCGUAUGAAGGGUGAACAUAAACAUCGUCAUAAACGCAGCAAAAAAUUAAUUAAAGAUGGUAAACAAAAUCAUGUAAGUUUUCCAGAAAUGCAACAGCAAAAUGGACUAACAAAAUUAUUUUCCGAAGAUUAUAUUGAUGGAGCAACUUAUGAAACAGAAUUAGGUCCAGAAGUUAAACCAACAAAUAAAGAUGUAGAUUGGGAUUCAGCAAUAACAUUUACUGCACGUUCUUCAGGUACUAAUUUUGAAUUAUUACCAAAUAAAAAAAACUUUAUUAACAGGUUCACUUUUAAAUUUACAGCUUCACAAAAUAUAAAUGAAAGCAACACGGACAUUACAGAUGAAGAUUGUGAUGGAAGAUUUGUUGUAUCAAGAAGAAAAAGAGAUGAAUCAGAGGGUGAAUCAUAUAAAGUUACAACACCAACAGCAACUGAAACAAUGUUACCAUGGAAACGUCAAGAUGAUUGUGAUUCAAUAAAACCAUUGCAACAAAAUGAAUUUCCAGCAUGGUGUUCAAACAAAGAAUACAUUGCAUAUAGUUCUCCAUCAGCAACAUUUUUAGGUGGUAUAGAACAACCAAAAGCUGCUGAAUCAAUAAUAGGUUUAUUUGCAAAACAAAGUGUAAGCUCAGACAUACCAGAUUUCCAGGACUCUGAUGAAACUGAUCAAGUAUCUGGUAUGAAAUUUUUAGAUGGACAUACAUCAACUAAAAAUCUUGAUGAAACAAAGUCUACUCGUCGACGUGGUUCCAUGAUGGAGCUUAAUACUGUACCAGUUAUAAAUGAAAGUUUUAAUAAUGGCUCACAUUCAUUACCAGAAUAUUGGAAUACCCAAAGAUUACGUAUACAAACAAGUACAUUUCCUUGUGAAACAACAAAAGCACCAAAUAUGUCAACUGUUUUAAUAUCAUCAUCAACUGAAUCAUCAGAUGAUUAUGAGGACUGAUUGUGGAUAGUGACGUUUCUCAUUGAGAUACGUUAAAAAAGUGACCUUUGCUUUAUAAUGUCGAAUAUUUUACGACUAUUAAGCUACUGACUAAUUAAUUUUUCAGUAUGAAUGACAACAUAUUAUUAAGAAUAUUUAAAAAUAUAUAUUAAAAACAAAUUUGUAGAAAUAGUUUUUCAAUUAAUUUAUAUAUUUAAUUUGUUUUUUUUAUAAUUUAUACAGACUCAAUGAUAUUUAAUAAGGAACAUCUUUAUGUAACACGAUGAUUUGCAACUGAUUAAUUGUCAAUUUUUAAAAUUAUAGAUUAAAAAUAUAAUCAAACGAAAUAAACAGUUGCAGUUAUUUGUAACGUUGUAUAUAACUGCUCAAUCGAAAUAUUAUGGAAAAGUUUGAAAAAAAGCUCGUUAUUAUUGCCCGGGAAAUAAACGUAAAGUUUUUUUUUUUUUAUUGAAAUUUUAAAUAAUUGCGGCAGUUAUAUCGCGAACAUAUAGGUGCCUUUAUAAAUAGAAAAAAAAAAUUAAUGUUAAUUAUAAUUUCAUGGUUUUUUUGUUUAUUGUUUUUCGAAAAAUUUUCGUUUUAUCGAUGAUGAUUUAAUCACGAUGUAAAUACAAAAAAAAAAAAAAAAAAAGUCUAUGCUAAAAUUACAUGAUUUCUAAAAUCAAAGAUUUAUGAAAUAUAUUUAUCACACUUUUACCAUUGUCUAGAAUUAUCUUACACACAUACACAUGCUUUGCUGCUAAUAAUAAAAUAGUUUUUAAAAUUAUAAAAAAAUUAAAAAUGUUCUACUGGGUUCUACUGGGAUAUCUCAAAUAAUUUUCAUUAGACUGUUAAACUAUAGCAUUUGGAUUUGCAAUAACAUUUAAAGUUUAUAGUUGAUGAAUGAGAAUUAAAAAAAAAAAAAAAAAAAUUAUACUUACUGGUAAUUAGAAUAAUUAAAUUGUAAAUUGAGUAAAAGAUAAAUUAAAAAAAAAAAAAAGACCAGUAUUGAGUAGAGAUGCACUCUAAACAUUAUCCUGUUAAUUUGUUAAAUAAAUGUUUAUUUUGUAUUU